AUGUCUUCAAUCAAGUAUGAUAUUCCUCAACUGGAUCGCGACACAAGGUUCGCUCUAUGGCAAGUCAAAAUGCGGGCUGUUCUUACGCAGGCUGAAGUUGAUGAUGCUCUUGAUAAAUUCGGUAACAAAGAUUCAAAGUCUUGGACCGAUGAGGAAAAAAGAAAAGAUCGUAAGGCCCUGACUCAAAUUCAGCUUCAUCUUUCAAAUAAUAUUUUGCAAGAUUGUUUGCAGGAGAACACUGCAGCUGCUUUAUGGCGCAAAUUAGAGUCACUUUGCAUGUCUAAGGAUUUGACAAGCAAGAUGCAUUUGAAGAUGAAGUUAUAUACGCACAAGUUGCAAGAGGGUGGUUCAGUGAUUAACCAUCUUUCGGUCUUCAAGGAGAUCGUUUCUAAUCUACAGUCUAUGGAGGUAGAUUAUGAUGAUGAGGAUUUGGCUCUCAUUCUUUUGUGCUCUUUACCUAGUUCAUUUUCAAACUUCAGAGAUACUUUAUUAUAUAAUCAUGAUACACUAACUCUUGAUGAGGUUUCUGAGGCGUUGCAUGCCAAAGAAAAGAUGAAAUUGAUGGUUUCUUCUGAAGGUUCUGCUUCUAAAGGAGAAGCGUUGUCUGUUCGUGGGAGGACAGAUAAUAAAUCAAACAAUGGCAAUAGAGGCAAAAGUUCUCAUCAUUACAAAGGCCGAUCUAAAUCUCGAAACAAGCAGGGAGAUAAAUUCUGCAAGUAUUGCAAGAAGGAUAAUCACUUUAUAGAUGAGUGUUAUAAAUUGAAGAAUAAAGAGAAGAGAACUGGUACAUAUAGAGAGAAAAAUAAACCCAGUGAUGAAGGUAAUGCUUCUGUUGCUGCUUCUAAGGCUGAUUAUUCUGAUGGUGAUUCGCUUGUUGCUUUUGCUGGAUGUGCAAAUAGUGAUGAUGAAUGGAUUCUUGAUUCCGCUGCUUCUUUUCAUAUAUGCAUUAAUAGAGAUUGGUUUGUCACCUAUGAUUCUGUCCAAGGUGGAGGUUCUGUUAGAUUGGGUGAUGACACUCCACUUGAUAUUGUUGGCAUUGGAUCUAUUCAAAUUAAGAUGCAUGAUGGCAUUGUCAGAACUUUGGCUGACGUUAGGCAUAUUCCAAGCAUGAGCAAGAAUCUUAUUUCUCUCAGUACUCUUGAUGCUAAAGGGUACAAGUACUCCGGUGGAGAUGGAGUUUUAAAGGUGUCCAAAGGUUCUCUUAUUGUUAUGAAAAGUGAAUUGAAAUCUCCAAAUUUGUACCAUCUUCGUGGUACUACAAUUACAGAUGUUGAUAAUGCUAUUGUCCAAGAUGCACCGAUUGCUGAAAUUUCUCCAAUUGUUGAUGAUUCUUCUAUUGCUGAGCAUUCCUCUCUAGUUGUGCAGUCUCCACAACGUUCUAUUGCUGCUGAUAGGUCCAGAAGGCAGCCAAAGCCUGUUAAAAGGUAUAUUGAAGAAUGCAAUGUUGCUUAUGCUAUGAGUGUUGCAGAAGAGAUUGAAGAUAAAUCAGAAAUAGCUAAAUUAAAGGCACAAUUGAGUAAAGAAUUUGAGAUGAAGGACUUGGGCAAAGCUAAGAAAAUUCUUGAGUCAGAUAAAGAUAUUGAGUACAUGUCUAGAGUUCCAUAUUCCAGUGCAGUUGGUUCUCUUAUGUAUGCCAUGGUUUGUUCUCGUCCUGAUUUAUCUCAUGCAUUGAGUGUUGUCAGUAGAUUCAUGGCUAAUCCUGGUAAGGAGCAUUGGAGGGCUGUUCAAUGGAUUUUCAGAUAUUUGCGAGGUACUUCUAAUGCCUGUUUGCAGUUUGGGAAAUCUAGAGAUGGACUUGUUGGUUAUGUUGAUUCUGAUUUUGCUGGUGAUUUGGAUAAGAGGAGAUCUCUCACAGGUUAUGUUUUCACCAUUGGUGGUUGUGCUGUUAGCUGGAAAGCAUGUUUGCGAUCCAUUGUUGCGCCUACUAUAAGAAAUUUGAAUAUAUGGCUAUUUCUGAAGCUUGUAAAGAAGCUAUUUGGUUGA